AUGUCGACUUCUCGAGAUCGUCGACCCCCAAUGUCUUCCGGCCUGCUUGGUCCAACAAACGGAGUAGCAAACGGAACGAAAAAUGCAAUCCGUCCAAUUGCUAUCUGUGGAAUGGCAAUGCGUCUUCCCGGUGGUGUGCGAGACGCUGACACCUUCUGGGACGUGCUCGUGAACAAGAAAGACACUAGAGGCCCUAUCCCAUCCAAUCGAUAUAAUGCAUCCGCAUUUACUGAUAAGUAUGGCAAGAAAGGUGCCAUAAAGACUCAGUAUGGCUACUUUCUCGAUGAGGACCUCAGCAAGCUGGACACAUCGUUUUUUACUAUGAGUAAGAAUGAACUGGAGAGAACUGACCCACAACAGCGCCAGCUCCUUGAAGUGAUCCGGGAGGCUUUUGAAAACGCUGGUGAAGCUGACUAUAGAGGCCAGUUGAUUGGCUGCUAUGUCGGUACCUUUGGAGAGGACUGGCUUCAAAUCAGCGCCAAAGAAACCCAACACUCGGGCGGAUAUAUUAUGACUGGUCAUGGUGAUCUCAUGCUUGCUAACAGACUAUCGUUUGAAUACGAUCUCAAAGGUCCCAGUAUGGUAGUUAAGACUGGGUGCUCUGCCUCACUUAUAGCGCUCCAUGAAGCAUGCCGAGCAUUGCAACACGGCGACUGCACAGGUGCCAUUGUUGCUGGUGCCAACAUGAUCAUGGGCCCAACAACAACGGCUGCGAUGACGGAGGAGGGCAUUCUAUCCCCCGAGGGCUCCUGCAAAACCUUCGAUGCCGCUGCUGACGGGUUUGCAAGAGCCGAGGCUAUCAAUGUUGUUUAUGUCAAACUUCUUGAUGACGCCAUCCGUGAUGGAAAUCCGAUUAGGGCUAUCAUCCGAAAUACGGGAACUAACAGCGAUGGUAAGAGUCAGGGUCUGAUGACGCCUAACGGAGCUGCCCACGAGAGCUUGAUGCGCAAAGUUUACGCAGAUGCUGGACUUCCACCACAUGAGACAGCAUUCGUUGAGUGCCAUGGGACAGGAACACCGACCGGCGACCCCUUAGAGACGAAUGCUAUAGGAAAUAUCUUUGGUUCCCAGGGGGUGUACAUAGGUUCCGUGAAACCCAAUGUAGGCCACUCGGAGGGUGCAUCUGGACUUACCAGUCUCAUUAAAGGGGUCUUGGCGCUGGAGCACGAUAUAAUCCCACCUAAUAUCAAGUUCAACAAGCCAAAUCCCAAGAUUCCAUUCUCGAGUAGGAAGCUUCGGGUCCCGAUUGAGCCAACGAGUUGGCCCCAAGACCGAGCGAAACGAAUUAGCAUCAACUCUUUUGGAAUAGGGGGUUCAAACGCUCACCGUGCACAGCUAGCCAUCCUCUCCGCAAACACACAAGAAUCCCUAAAGACGUAUAUCGAUAACUUGCAAGAGUAUGUCGAUAAACAUCCCAAAAAUGCUGAUAACAUUGCCUACACACUCGGCCGACGUAGGGAGACAUUGCCCCACCGAGCCUUUAUGGUCAUCGACAGCGAUGGCGCCGUAGUCGAAAAAUCAGCUCCCGCAAAGGCGCCAGUCGGCGAUCCUGACAUCGUGAUGGUAUUCAGCGGACAAGGAGCACAAUGGCCGGAAAUGGGGAAGGAACUCUUCCUCACGGACGAAGGAUUCAGAACUGACAUCGUAGAGAUGGACCGUCUCCUCGAGUCACUUAUUUAUCCUCCGUCGUGGUCAAUUGAAGCCGAGUUAUUUGCGCCGCCGGAAAAGAGUAAGAUCCAUCGCGCCGAACUGGCCCAACCCCUUUGUACUGCAGUCCAGAUUGCCCUUGUCCGAAGCCUUCACAGGGUCGGCAUCCAGCCCGCAGCCGUAGUAGGCCACUCUAGUGGAGAGAUCGCGGCUGCCUAUGCGGCUGGAGCUAUCUCGCUUGCGGAGGCCUUAAUAUCGGCAUAUUAUCGAGGUUACGUGACAAGGGACCAGACCUUAAUCGGUGGUAUGGGGGCGGUGGGUUUAGGUGUCGCUGAUGUCUCUAAAUAUGUUAAGGAGGGCGUAGUGAUCGCUUGUGAUAACAGUCCCAAUAGUGUCACACUUUCCGGCGACGUGGGAGCGCUAGAUGAUGUUCUUAACGCGAUUAAGGUAGACAAACCCGAUGUACUUGCGAGGAAGCUUAAGGUGGACAUGGCCUACCACUCAGGCCAUAUGAAGGGGUUAGGGUCUAAGUAUCGAGAGCUUAUGGAGCAAGAACUUAAGCGCCAAGGUCUUGCUCGCCAGCAAGCUAGUGUACCCUUCUUUUCAUCUGUAAAAGAAAGGGUCAUCGAGCAUGGCGAUGACCUUGGGCCGGACUACUGGAUCGCGAACUUGACUUCACGAGUGCGUUUCAACUCUGCAGUACAGCGCAUACUAGAGCAACGUCCAGGACGACUCUUCGUUGAGAUCGGCCCUCACUCAACACUAUCCGGACCACUGCGACAGAUCGUAUCAAAUUCUGGAACCCAAUUUCAAUAUAUUCCCACAAUGAUCAGGGGUUCCAACAGUGCCCACAGCCUAGCUUCGGCGCUUGGCCAACUAUUCCAGAGCGGCGUUUCAAUCGACAGGUCUGCUAUCUUCCCGUCAGGAAAGGUGCUAAUAGAUCUCCCCCGCUAUGCUUGGGACCACAGCGGCGGCUCGUUCUGGUACGAAGCCCGCGUUUCUAAAGAAUGGCGUUUCCGCCAAUUCGGGCACCACCGUCUUCUCGGUUUACGCAUCCCUGAAAGUUCGAGUUAUGAACCUUCUUGGCGAAAUCUUUUGAGCUUAGAGGAUGAGCCUUGGCUGUCAGAUCAUAAAAUCCGCUCAGAUGUCGUCUUCCCAUUUGCAGGGUAUAUUGCCCUGGCCGGAGAAGCAAUAAGACAGAUUACGGGUAUUGACGCAGGAUACCAAGUGAAGCGCGCAACAGCUCGGUCAGCUAUGGUACUCUCGGACCAUCCGGUAGAGGUGUUGACGACAUUAAGACUUGCCAAAUUGACUGACACGGCUGACUCAACCUGGUUCGAGUUUUCUAUAACAUCGUAUAGUGGCUCGGCUUGGAUCAAGCAUUGCGAAGGACAAAUCAAGGCAAGCACGAGCCCAUCUUCAUCGCCAUCUCUUACACCGGAUAAGGGUGAACUUAUCAGGAAGAUCCCCGAGUCAAAAUGGUACGAUACAAUGAAUAAUAUUGGUGUUGUGUAUGGACCAGAGUUUCAGGGGCUCCAAAAUAUCGUCUCGUCUACCACCAAGAACCUGGCUGCUGCUAAGGUCAGUCUUCUGCGUCACCACGAAGAUCCGGCUUUCAUAUUCCAUCCAGCGGGGAUUGAUAACUGCCUGCAACUUGCUCUAGUUGCGCUGGCAAAGGGCAUUGGGCGAAACUUUGGCGACCUACGAGUGCCCACUACGAUUGAGGACCUUUAUAUCUCUAGGAGCGCCGCAACGAUGGAUGCUGUGGCGACUAGCAACGACGGAAAGGUUGCCCUAAGACUACGUGGGCUUGAAUUGACGACGAUGGAUAAUGACACUACGCAGCAGACUGAGCCGCAUGCAGCGGCUCGUCUAGAAUGGCUUCCGGACUUCGAUAUGGUCGACCACGCGACGUUGUUCAGUCCGCCUCGGUCGAUACCGGAAGAGACCAGGAUGCAGGAAGAAAUGACACUUUUAUGCAUGCUGGAAACUGCUGAUAGAGUCCGUGGCUUAGAGCCGUGUUCUUGGCACUUCGAAAAGUUCCGCGACUGGCUGGAGCUCGAGAUCGACCGCGCGAGGAAGGGGACAUACCCCUUAUUAGAGUAUUGCAGGGAAUAUGUAGCACUCUCCUCUGCAGAAAGAAAGCCAAUGAUCGAAGAGAGAUAUCAACAACUCCUGCCCCUUUCAGAAAAGGGCUCCGUGGCCAUCGGUAUUAAGCGAAUAUACGAUAACUGUGAGGACAUCUUCGCGGGCAAGAUAGACACUUUAGAGACUUUGAUGCAGGACGACGUCCUUACGGAGAUCUAUAAUGCCCUACUAUCUCACUCGCGGCCAAACAUGCGCAUCCUCGAAGUCGGUGCGGGUACCGGUGGCACCACCGAAAUGAUCCUCCGGACCCUCGUGCGAGAGGAUGGUCAUCCACCAUACUCCGUCUAUACCUUCAGCGAUGAGCGAUUUUCCUAUGCACCUAACAUGGACUACAAGGUCUUCGAUAUCUCGAAGUCUCCAUUUGAUCAAGGCUUCACGGCCGGAACUUACGAUGUCGUGCUCGCACCUAAUACGCUUCUAAACUUACAGCCGCUCCUGCGACCAGGAGGACUUCUUGUUCUGACUGAGCUGUGCGCUGUUGUGCGAACUCCAAAUUACAUAUUUGAUGGCCGACCUUAUGAGCCUUACGUCUCCGUCGAACGAUGGGACGAUGAGCUCAAGGCAACCGGUUUCUCCGGGCCUUACCAUUAUUGUGCUGCCAUCGUAUCAACCAAAGUAGAAGAGAAUGCCACUUCUGAAAAGGCGCCCUCGCCAGUAUCAAUCCUGUGCGACGAUCCCGAGGGAGAUUUAGUAGGACUCCUUGUUGAAGGACUUGCAAGUUCUGGUGUUUCGGCAAAGGUGUUUCGAUUGGGACAAAGCCUACCGCACGACCAAGACAUUGUAUCCCUUCUUGAUCUAGAAAGCUACUUCUUCGAGAACAUCUCGCCAGAAAGACUAAAUGCGUUUCAACAGAUAUUACAGGACUACAAGUCAGGCUCUAUAAUAUGGCUGACCAGACCAGCUCAAGUAGACUGCAAAGACCCGCGAUCCGCUCAAUCCAUCGGUGUCGCACGAUCCAUCCGAGCUGAAUCCUCGGUACCUUUCUAUACGCUAGAGAUUAGUCCCACAGAACCUCAAUUCUCGACCUUAGUUCAGAAAGUAUUGAGCAAGAUUCGACGUAUCGAAGACACCGACUUGCUUGCGCCCGAUAAAGAAUAUGCCGUUGACGCUGGUGUUGUCAAGAUUGGCCGAUACCAGCCAUUUUCAGUUGGUAAAGAGCUACAACAGAACGCUAGUGGUGCUGUGGUUCAGGAGGUGAAGGCAUUGGAGACUGCCAAGCCUGGAUCCCUGGAGAAUGUCGGCUGGGUCGGCGAAGCUAUUUCGAGUAGCCUUGGAGAUGACGAGGUUGUGAUUGAGACACGGGCAGUGGGAGUUAACUUCAAGGACGUCCUCUAUGCGAUGGGUAUUCUGAAGACCAGUACAGAGAAUGUUCCGUUAGGUCUCGAACUGGCCGGCAUCGUCCGCCAGGUUGGUGCAAAAGUAGAUGGUCUAGCUAUCGGAGAUCGUGUAAUGGCAACUCCACCGAACGCAUGCUUCAAGACGCAGGUUAAAACGCCGGCUUCUCUUGUCGCAAAGAUACCGGACGAUCUCACUUUUGAGGAGGCGGCCUCUAUGCCUAUAUGUUACACAACGGUGAUAGAGUCGCUUCUGAAUAUUGGGCGACUAGAAAAGGGACAGGCUAGUAUAUUUCGUCUCUGUUGCUCGAGCGCUGGAUCUAACAGGUUGCAAACUAACGGAGAGAUACUCGAAAAGAUAUUUGCAACUGUCGGAAGUAAGGAAAAGGUAGAACACCUUGUAAAGAAAUUCGGUAUUCCGACUAGCCACAUAUUCCAUUCACGAGACGAUUCAUUCGUUGCCGAUUUGAUGCGUGAGACCAAUGGCCGCGGAGCUGACAUUGUGCUCAACUCCCUUUCUGGAGAGCUAUUGCACGCUUCCUGGGACUGUGUCGCCGAGUUCGGUACCCUGAUCGAGCUCGGGAAGAGAGACGCCAUCGAGGGUGGUAAGCUUCGGAUGAGGAACUUCAUAGAGCAUCGGUCAUACUCCUGUGUCGAUAUGACGCAUCUUGCACAGAAGAGGCCACAGAGAGCUGGAGCGGGUUUGAAGAAGUGUGUUGAACUCUACCGAACUGGUUGCAUAAAGCCAAUCGGUCCGCUCUCUGUAUUUGACGCAGGCGACGUUCAAGAUGCAUUCCGCGUAGUGCAGGACGGAAACCAUAUUGGCAAGGUGGUUGUCCGUGUACCUGAAGAUUCCUCGACUCUCACAAGCAUGCCUAAACACUCUGAGUUGCGCUUGAAGAAUACCGCUUCAUAUCUGCUAACAGGUGGCUUGGGUGGCCUUGGGAAGGUUAUCGCUACCUGGCUCGUCGAAAAGGGGGCUAGAUCGCUAGUAUUUCUAUCUAGAAGUGCUGGAAAGACACAACAGGACCAGGAGUUCUUCCAAGAAUUGCGAAGUAUGGGGUGCGAUGUGCGCGCUGUACCGGGUCGGGCUGAAUCAGUUGAGGACGUUGGAAGCGCGGUUUCGCAGGCUCCAUAUCCCAUCAAAGGAGUUAUCCAUCUGGCGAUGGUUCUCCGAGAUUCACCGAUUGCAAGCAUGAAACAUGAAGAUUGGGUGGCUGCAAAUGCCCCUAAGGUGACUGGUGCUUGGAACCUCCAUGAGCACCUGAAGGAACAUGCCCUUGAUUUCUUCGUCAUGGCUAGUUCCAUGGUAACUAUUGUCGAACAACCAGGGCAAGGGAACUACAGUGCUUCAAACACGUUCCUUGAAGCUUUCACUCAAUAUCGACGUUCCCUAUCUCUCCCCGCGACUGUGCUUAAUAUCAGCCCAAUAGACGGCGUGGGCUUCGUCGCUGAAAACCCAUUCGCAAGGAAGAACAUGAAAGCACAAGGACUGUACUUCUUGAGCGAGGCGGAGCUUCUGGACUUUUUCGAACUGGCUAUCAUCCAAUCACGCCCUUUCGAAGAGCUCAGCUCCACAGGCAACUCCACGCUGACUCCUUGGACGAGUACCGGCCAAUUAGUUAUGGGUUUACGAUCCGAGGGUGACCUAAAUGACCCAAAUACACGAACUAACUGGCGCCGGGACCGACGAAUGGGCUUCUACCACAACAAUAAUGAGAAGGAAACCAAUACAAGGGGCAGUUCCAGCGAGCUAAUCGCGUUCCUAGCACGGGUAGCUGAUGAUGUCGAAGUAUUGGACGACCCGCAAAGCGUCUCAUACCUGAGCCACGAAAUCGGUAAGAAGGUAUUCAGCUUAAUGCUCAAACCUGAGGACGAUCUAGAUAUAUCCCUAACAUUAUCGCAAAUUGGAUUGGAUUCGCUCAUGGCAAUUGAGUUGCGCCGCUGGUGGAAACAGGUGUUGGGCCUACAAAUCAGCGUCCUCGAAAUCAUGGCUACUGGAACGUUAGAAGCGCUGGGAGGUGUCGCCGCUAAAAGCUUGAAAGAUAAGUUCGCUGGAAGUGAUACGCCCGAAGAAAAAAACCGGAUGAGUUAA